AUGGGGGUUACUCGCCAAAUUGUGCUACAAUUCGCACUUGCAAAUAUCGUCUUUGCAGCGUGUUACACCCAUAAUGGCACCGACCGCAACUCGAUAUCGCCUGACAAGGGAAACAAUUAUUCGCCCUGCUUACAGAACGAGCAUAGUAUGUGCUGCAGGCUAAAAAAUGACCCCUACACGGAUACUUGUCGACAGGACGGACUUUGUUGGAAUGCACAGCGUGGUCAACUUUGGAGGGAAAGCUGCACCGAUCCUACAUGGCAGUCGCCGAAUUGCCUCAAAUUAUGUGUCGAUCCAAUACCAGGAAAUAUCGAUGGCUCUGGCACCCAGUGGCUCAUGAGUGAGAAUGAUGUGCAAGUCACUGAAUGCACAAACGGAAGCUUCUGCUGCGGUGCCGAUAAAGACGCGCAGACAUGCUGUAAUGAAGGUCGAGGCUUAUGGAUUGUCAAUGGGCAGGUCACAAAUUCCACAGCAUCAGCAUCUCCAUCUACCCCACCAACGACAUCUCCAGCAUCGUCAUCAUCACCAUCAACAAUGCCGACUUCAUCGUCAACCCCGGAAGCCACGACGUCCAACGACACGGCGAAAACGAUUGGAGGCGCGGUUGGCGGUACUCUGGGUGGCAUUGCUGUCCUGAGUCUUGUGGCGUUCUACCUUUAUCGCCGACGAAGGACAAGAUCCAACGCAAAUCAAGGGGAAAGCGCGAAUACGGCAUACAGUCAGCUUGACUCUAAAACCCAUCACAGUCCGCAGCCCUACGAGUUGCAAACACAAAACCUUCCUGAGUUACAAACACAAACACGUUAUGAGCUGCAUGGACAGGACCAUUAUGAGUUAGACGGAAGCAGGAGGUCAUGA